AUGGCUUCUUACACCCAGCAAGAUGUAGAUGAUAGUGAGGAGACAUCAAGUUCAACAAGAUCCAGCUCUAAGUUCCUGGCUUCCAAGGGGAUUCCACUCCAUGACGGAGUGAACGUAGUUAUGUCAGGAAGGAAACGAGACGAGGCUGUGAAGGAAAGCGUGAAGGAUUCACAUGCCCAAAAAUCACACGAUCGUAUCGACAACCUUGAUGCUGCAAUGUGGAGGAAGAGAAGUGAAGGCCGAACCCGACGAGAAACUCUUGCUCAGAGAAUGUAA